UUGUGAGCCUGAUGUCUUCAAGCAAGUGUGUGGUGAUGGUUGUUGCUGGAUGGGUCUGGAAUUCUGAGAGUUGGUUGUUGACUCUGGUACUGAAAAUUAUGAUCUUUUUGUGUUUUUUUCUCCAGAUUCCUCUGAUUCUGAGGAGUUCUGCGAUGAGGUACUUUAUUUUGUUAUCCUUUUUGAUAAGAGCUUUCUGUUGAGGAUGAUUCUCUUGCUGUUGUAGAAGCUCUUGAUUGUGUGAUAGAUUCCUUGGACUAAAUGCUUUGUAGUCGUGAAAGGAAUCUCUUGUUUUGAUAAGUUAUGCUCAAGCAUGUUCUUGAUUACACUAUAGCUGAUUCAUGCAUAAUUCUCAAUGUCAUCUUUAAGUUGAAAUCCUCGCAAACUGAACUUGGCUUUGGUAGCCUUGAGCUUGUUUGUAAUGUUCUGAAGUCCAUCAAACGAUUGCUUGAUUUUUUUGGAUUGUUUCAUGUUGUCUACAGAGUCGACGAUGCUGCAGUGCACUCAUAACUCAAGGAUUUGAUCAAUCAUAAUUUUAUUUUCAAAUAAAAGGUCUCUAACAUACAGUAAAUAUGCUUGAUUCUCUUCUGGAUCAAUGGAAGUAUUCAAAGAGUUCUGGAACUUUAUCAGAUGCUGAGUCACCAAUUCGUCCAAUGAAUUGAUGUAACCAUCAGACUUAGUGGAACUUUUCAUGCUUAAAUAGUUAGGAAUCUUGCCAAGUAAAUCAAUCAGCAAGUUCUUGUAAUCUUUAUUAGUCAUGAACUUGUGUUCCAAAUCUUUAAUGAAAAUUUUGGAACCAGAGUCUUCAGCAGUCAAAUACUAGAUGGCUUAUAAAUGCAAAUGAAUUGUAGAAUGAUUUAUGAGAGCUUGAACAUGUUUCAAAUCCACUGCUUCUGGGUUUGUGUGCAGGCUAGAUCUCUUUUCCGUUCUUGAUUAUUUGGCUAAUUUUGCCAAAUUUUUGUUUACUUUCAAGACAUAUUUAUGAUACUGUAGUGGUUGCUUUUCAAUAGAAAGAUGCUAUAAAGUCUUUGCUUGUGAAGAGGUUUGAGAUCUCAAUUGCUUAAUAUAUGACACUAGAACCUUAACUUGACUUUGACGAAUUAUUUUAUGAGAAAAUUCAUUUGAUUUUUGGUGUAAGUACUUUAUAAACUCUCUAUUAAAGAAAUCAAUGUUGUAAUUGAAUUCUUCAACAUUCUGGUGAAAAGAAUGAAGCAAUCCAAGUUCAUAUAGCAGGAACUGAAUCUGAAAAAUGAUCCUGAUCUUAGUACAGAUAUUGUGGUUGCACUGACAAUGUAUAGCUUUAAUUUG